AUGAAAUUACUCAUUGUUUUCUCUCUCCUGAUUGUUCUCAUUGUAGUCCAGGAAAAAAUUUUUUGUUUCUACAUAAGUGUACCUGCUUCUUCUGCCUACUAUCAAGAUGGGGAUUUUGUUAUUGGAGGAUUCUUUUCCCUUAGAGUGACUGAUCGAGAAGAUAGAAUUGAAUUUGGCUUUAAUGAUACAAUGAAUAUGCCAGAUGAAGUCUAUUUGGAUCUCACUAAACAUUAUCAGCACAUGUUGGCAAUGGUUUUUGCUAUAGAAACAAUCAACAAGGACCCACAUAUUCUUUUCAAUAUGUCCUUGGGAUUCUAUCUCUUCAAUGUUGACUUUAUUGUGAUGAAGGCCACAGAAAGUGCUUUGGUGUUGUUCUCAGGAGAGAGACCCCCAAUUCCUAACUACAGCUGCAGGCCCGAGAAGACUAAUAAGCUGGUUGCAGUGAUAGGAGGCUAUUCCACAGCAAUAACAACUGAGAUCUCCCGAGUUGUAAGUCUCUACAAUGUCCCACAGAUCAGCUAUGCUCCUUUUGACCAGAGUCUUGGGACCAGAGUCCAGCUCCAGUCUCCUUACCAGUUUCCUGUGCACAAUGCAGCUCUAUAUAAGGGAAUUAUUCAACUGCUGCUAUACUUCACUUGGGUCUGGGUUGGCCUUGUAGUUCCAGAUGAUAUGAGGGGAGAACUUUUCAUGAUGGAACUCACAGAAGAGAUGACCAAGCACGGACUUUGUUUUGCAUUUGCAGGAAGGAGUCCAAUAUUUCCUUUUCAGGACAAGGUGAAAUUGGAAAUUUUGAGUGAACAACUCUCUUUGGCACAGGUUAUCCUUGCAUAUGGUGACUCAUAUGCUUUUUUCUGGAUUGUCCUUUUCUUCCCAUUAUGGGUUCCUUAUGGUAAUGUAUGGAUCACAAAUUCUGAUUGGUAUACUAUAUUUCCUCAUUUCCAAAAUCUAUGUUAUACAUACUUUGGUGGAGGAUUAUUAUUUUCAGAUCACAUGGAUGAAAUUCUGGGAUUCAAGGAUUUUCUCAGAAGUCUUCAACCUAGAAAAUACCCUCAUAAUAUCUUUAUCCAGGAUAUGUGGUCGAUCUUAUUUGAAUGUCCAUAUUUGUAUCGGAACAAAGUCAGGGAACUAACUCAAUGUGAGCCAAAUGGCAGCCUGAGCACACGACCUCUGCAUUUUUGGGAUAUGAAUACCUCACCCUAUAGCUACAAAGUCCAUGCUGCUGUGUAUGCCAUUGCCCAGGCACUCCAUGAGGAGCUGUCACUCAGAGUGGAAGGAGAUUCAUUUGAUAGAGGUGUACUCCAGUCUCCUCUCCCAUGGAAGCUCCAUCCAUUCUUACAAAAUGGCCCAUUUGUGAGAAGCUCCAAUGAGGAGAUUCUUGUGAACAAGGAGAUUUUGGCAACCAAGCUUGACAUCUUUAAUUACCAGUCUCUGCAGAGUGGUACCACAGGUCAUGUGAAGGUUGGCCAAUUUGUUUUCGAAUCUCAUGGUGUUCAGUAUUUGUCCUUAAAUGAAGAAUUUAUAAGUUGGGGUGAACACCAUAAUCAGACUCCUUUAUCUGUUUGCAGUCAAAGUUGUCCACUUGGAUUUAGNAAAACACCUGUUGAUGGGAAACCAUUCUGUUGUUUUGAUUGUGUCCCAUGUCCAGAUGGAGAAUNUGCAAAUGAAACAGAUAUGGAUCAAUGCAUCAAGUGUCCUGAAGAUCAGUAUCCAAAUAAUCAGAGAAAUCAGUGUCUUCCUAAAAUUACAGCAUUUUUGUCCCAUGAAGAUACUCUGGGAGCUGUUUUGGUUUCCGUGGCCAUUAGUUUUGCUGCUUUUUCAGCUAUGAUUUUAGGAUUAUUUAUCCACUAUCGGGACACACCCAUUGUCAGAGCAAAUAACAGAAAUCUCAGUUAUCUACUCUUAGUUUCUCUAAUGUUCUGUUUCUUUUGCUCACUAAUAUUCAUUGGCAAACCUAGAACAGUGACUUGUAUCUUGAGGCAAAUGAUUUUUGGGGUUGUAUUUUCCAUUGCCCUUUCUUCAAUCUUGGCAAAGACCUUCAUUGUAGUUGUGGCCUUCAAAGCCAUUAAGCCAGGAAGCAUCUUAAAAACGUGGAUGGUGACCCGACUUUCAAAUGCUAUAGUCUGCUGUGGUUCCAUCAUUCAAGUGUGCAUAUGUGCAGUCUGGCUAGGAACAUAUCCUCCUUUCCCUGAUGUUGACAUGCAGUCAGAGUUUGGGCAAAUCAUCCUCUGGUGUAACGAGGGGUCCACCCUUGCCUUCUAUUGUGUUCUGGGGUACUUGGGCUUUCUGGCCAGUCUCAGCUUGCUUAUUGCUUUUCUGGNNAGAAGGCUACCUGACAGCUUCAAUGAGGCNAAAACAAUCACAUUCAGCAUGCUGGUUUUCUGCACUGUGUGGAUUNCUUUNGUACCCACUUACCUGAGCUCCAAAGNCAAAACCAUGGUGGCUGUGGAAAUUGUUUCAAUUCUGGCCUCCAGUGCUAGCUUACUGGGCUUUAUAUUUCUUCCCAAAUGCUAUGUGAUCCUCCUGAGGUCAGGUGGCCAUUCAAGAAAGAAGUUCUUUAAGUGA